AUGGCCUCGAUAGCAUCAUCUCCAGCAAAGAGGCGCAAGACCUACAAGACCCCCUUGGUUUCUCGGGUGGAGGGCUGGAUGAAGUUUGCACGUGCCUCGCACGUAUCAAGCAGCGAAGAAGAUGAAGUGGAGGAUGCCGAUACCGGGGCAGACAGUGGCACGGAAGACGCGUCAGAAGUGAUCAGUACGAAAUCUGGGAACAAAACUCCUAAAUUGCCCCGGGUUCCUACGAAAUGGACGCAACGAGGUCCCGAGUUCGAAGACCAUUUUGAAGGAGAGGUGAGGCAACUGGAAUCUGCUACCACGGGAAAAGGUGCGGUUCACGAGGCAUUGGUGCGAGAUCGUGCGGCCAGUGCAAAUGAAGGUGUGGCUAUUUCAGAAUGUAAGACAGACGCGAAAGAGUGGCAGUUGCUACGGAAUACAGUUUUAUCGCAGCUCAAAUCUAGGAAGCCCUGCAAACUGGUUGGUCUGACUGAACAAAAGGAUCAACUUGUAACGUUGUUGGAGCAUACGAUCAGAGAUCGUGAGGGUACUUCAGUGAUAGUCGUGGGCCCUCGAGGUGCAGGAAAGACGGCGCUCGUCAACUCUGCUCUGGCUAAAAUAGAUACAGAAUAUGCUGACGAGUACAUCUUGAUUCGUAUCAAUGGGUCAAUCCAAUUAGACGAAAAGAUUGCCAUUCGUGAGAUACUGAAACAGUUGGAGGUGCGGAUUGCGCAAUUGGCUGGCGAAUCAAGUCUUCUGACAGGGUCUUUUGAGAGAAAGACGUUGAACGAGACAAUGUCGCGUUUUCUUCGAAUAGUGCAGGAGGCCGGCUCGGGCCAGUACAACAUUCCCAUUGUAUUUGUCAUAGAUGAGUUUGAUGCAUUUUUGGCUGAUUCUAAGCAAACGCUCCUCUAUAAUUUGUUUGAUUUGUCCCAGGGCGCAGGCCACUCUAUCACGCCUGUCUCCGUUAUUGGCGUCACCACAAAGACGGACGCUCGUGAGUCGCUGGAGAAACGUGUGAAGUCACGGUUCUCGCAGCAAUUGAUACGAGUCUCGAGGCCAAAGACGCUUUCGCAGUAUCGUGAAAUCGUGAUGCAGCAGUUGCUGGUCGAUAAGACCAUAUUUGAGUCCAAUCUUGGCGUGGAGUUCAACAAUUAUAUUGUCAAACAGCUUACAACUGUUGGAACAUAUUUGAGACGAAAGGUUACCGCCAAUUUCUAUACCACGAAGGAUUUGCGCGAGCUCAAAAACUGGCUGGUUCCAGCGAUCUGUGAUAUCCCAACGAAGCUUUUUCCGGAGUUCCCUGAGGGAUUGUUUCAGAGACGACUGAGUAUACAGGAGGUGGUCAUGAAUUCGCUGAGUGACCUUGAACUGAAAUUGUUGAUUUGCGGAUGUCGGUGUAUUGCUAAGAACGAGCUACAGUACGUCAACUUUGGGAUGUGCUACGAUGAAUAUUCUGCAAUGGCCAAACAGGCCGGCAGCGAGAUGCAGUCCAAGUUCACCAAUCUCGAGUACAGUGUGGGGCUUCAAGCAAAAUUUCCUGUGAGGUCCAAAGAGCUGUGUCAAUCCUCGUGGGAGAAACUGAUACAGGAUGGCCUAAUAAUGGACGUGGUGACAUAUCGAGGUGAAUUGACAAAUGGAGGGAGUAAUGCCAAUGCUUGGAUUGCGCAGGACUCCAAGACGUACUACUUUGAGGUGGAUUUGCAAGAGCUGAAGACACUGAUGGAGAAGAAGAACGAUGCGAAUCUUCGGUGGUGUCGGUUGAAUUAA